AUGGCCGCUCAAAUCGCUGAACUGAACCAUGUUCGAAUAGAACACAACGACGCUCAACACCAGCAAAGAGAGAAUGAUGGGCAUCAUUCACACUCCCAUGUCUCAGAGACCAUCCGAGUUGAUGUAAUUCACCCCGAAAAUGAAAAAGAAGGAACCGAUGAUCAUGUGGGACCCUUCACCAAGGAAGUGAUGGACUUUGAGUUGCCGAAGAGAUUCACUCUACCACUAACACUCACACCUUAUGAUGGCCUCGGGGACCCGAAAAAAUUUCUCAAGAAAUUCCGAUCAAUAAUGAUCGUUAACGGUGCAUCUGACACCAUUUUAUGCCGUUGUUUUCCAAAUUAUUUAGACGGUCCUACACUUGAAUGGUUGUGUGCUUUGCCUGCAGGUUCUAUUUCGCGAUUUCAACAACUAGCCAAGCUGUUCGAAGAGCACUUCGCCGGAUCCGCAAUAUAUCUGCAUGACUCUGACUAUCUGAACACCAUUAAGCAAGGCCAGAAUGAAAGCCUAAAAGACUAUAUGACUUAUUUCACCAAAAUAGCCAUCAGCAUACUUGAUCUCCACCCAGAAGUCCAUUUGCACGCACUCAAAAGCGGCCUCCGACCUGGAAAGUUCCAAGAGACCAUUGCGAUAGCGAAGCCAAAAACCCUAGCCGAAUUCUGGGAAAGAGCAAAAAGGCAAAUCGAUAUCGAGGAGCUCAGACAAGCCCAAAAAUCUGAUAGAACAACCUACAGAGACGACGAUAAAACUCCAACUAGUAAGAAAGGUUUCAAAGUAACACCUCGAUUUGAUUCUUACACGCAGUUUAACGCUAAACGAGAGGACAUUAUCAAAGAAAUUCUAAAUUCAAAGCUCAUCAAGCCACCACGAAAGGCCGGCACCUACCAGGACACUAAAAAUGUAGACAAAUCUAAGUAUUGUGCCUUCCACCAGAAGCACGGCCACACAACUGAUGACUGUGUGGUAGCAAAGGAUCUUUUAGAACGUUUAGCGGCAGGGCCACCUUGA